GGGCAGAGGACCAGGCGGGACUGGAUCUGGGGGGAACCCGCGGUCUGCAGCCCAGACGCGUCCACACUUUCUGCAGCGCCGAGUGUCCCAGGGGAGGCUGAGGCUCGGGCCGCCAUGGCGCUGCAUGCGGUCGUGUUCGACUUGGACGGGGUCCUGGCGCUGCCAUCGGUCGCGAGCGGCCUCGGCCGCGCCGAGGAGGAGUUGGCAUUGCCCAGAGGCUUUCUCAAUGAAGUUUUCAAGAAAGGAGACCCGGAUAGUUCCAGUUUCCGUCUCAUGAGGGGAGAGAUCAUGUUUUCCCAGUGGGUGUCACUCAUGGAAGAAGACUAUAAGAAACACGCCGAAGAUUCUGGAAUCAGCCUCCCUGAGAAUUUCUCUGUCAGUCAGAUCUUUGGCAAGGCCAUUUCAGCAAGGAGGAUCAACCAACCCAUGCUUCAGGCGGUUCUCGCUUUCAGAAAGAAGGGGUUUACAACCUGCAUCCUCACCAACAACUGGCUGGAUGACAGCACCCAGAGGAGCAGCCUGGCCCAGCUGAUGUGUGAACUGAGACCACACUUUGACUUCCUGAUAGAGUCAUGUCGGAUUGGAAUGGCCAAGCCUGACCCUCAGAUCUACAAGUUUAUGUUGGACACCUUGAAGGCCAGCCCCAAUGAGGUUGUUUUCUUGGAUGACAUUGGGGCCAAUCUGAAGCCAGCCCGUGAUUUAGGAAUGGUCACCAUCCUUGUCCGCGACAGUGACAUGGCCCUGCAAGAGCUGGAGAAAGUCACCGGGGUGCAGCUUCUCAAAACAGAAGUCGCAGCCCCUCUCCCAAUCCCAUGCCAUCCAAAUGACAUGAGCCAUGGUUAUGUGCCAAUCAAGCCCGGGGUGCAUCUGCAUUUCGUGGAGCUGGGCUCUGGCCCUGCUGUGUGCCUCUGCCAUGGAUUUCCUGAGAGCUGGUUCUCUUGGAGGUACCAGAUCCCAGCUCUGGUCCAGGCGGGUUUCCGGGUACUAGCUAUGGACAUGAAAGGCUAUGGAGACUCAUCUGCUCCUGAUGAAAUAGAAGAAUAUUCCUUGGAAAUAUUAUGCAAGGACAUGGUAACCUUCCUAGAUAAGUUGGGCAUCCUCCAAGCGGUGUUCAUUGGCCACGACUGGGGUGGCAUACUGGUGUGGAGCAUGGCUCUCUUCUACCCUGAGAGAGUAAGGGCAGUGGCAAGUUUGAAUACUCCCUUCGUGCCAGCAAACCCCAAUGUGUCCCCGAUGGAGAUACUCAAAGCCAAUCCUAUUUUUAAUUACCAGCUCUAUUUCCAAGAACCGGGAGUGGCUGAGGCUGAACUGGAAGAGGACCUGUAUCGGACUUUCAAACUCAUUUUCAGAGCACAUGAUGAGGCUCUGUUCAACCUGUACAACGUCUGUGAAAGGGGAGGACUCUUUGUGAAAGCCCCGAAAGAGCCCAGCCUCAGCAGGAUUGUGACCGAGGAGGACAUCCGCUUCUACGUGCAGCAGUUCAAGAAGUCCGGUUUCAGGGGUCCCCUAAACUGGUAUCGAAACAUAGACAGGAACUGGAAGUGGGGCUGCAAAGGCAGAGGACGGAAGAUCCUCAUUCCGGCCCUGAUGGUAACUGUGGAGAACGACGAAGUGCUUCGUCCUGAGAUGUCCAAGCAUAUGGAGGACUGGAUCCCCCACCUGAAAAGGGGACACAUUAAGGAUUGUGGACACUGGACACAGAUAGAGAAGCCCGCCGAGUUGAAUCGGAUCCUCGUGCAGUGGCUGGAAACUGAUGCCAGGGACCCGCCAGUGGUCUCGAAGCUUUAGGGGGUGACGUGUGCCAGCCCCCUCCUCUGCUGGGCUGCUGCUCUUGGCACCAAGAUGGGCCUGACCCACGUCUCUCAGAACCAGCAGCCUGGUUCUGAAGGGUGAUUUUCUUUAAGGGAAGUGAGUAAAAUUAGGCGUAAUUUUAGAUACAGGAAAAGGCUAUUAAUUCUCUGGGCACAAAUGCAUCACUUGAUCUCUAAGGAUGAUUUGUGUUCUGUGAGGGGACAAAGGUGGUGGCCAGGGGGUGAUUUCUCUUUGACUAAUCCAUAGUUUUGCAGCAAAAUCAGCAGGUAAUUCUGAAGCCUUUCCACAGAGAUUGGAACUCUUUUGCUCAAUAAAGCUAAAC